AUGAUUGAGUGUGUUUCAGCAGAUGGUGAGGUAUUGAAUCCCUUCAUCAUCAUGAAAUUCAAAACCCAACUUGAAGAUUGGUAUACACAAAGCAACCUACCAGGUGGAUAUACAAUUGUGACAUCAGAUACUGGCUAUACCAAUGAUGAGAUUGGCUUUGCAUGGAUUCAGCACUUUAAUGAGGCCUCUAAACUGCUUAAGCUAGAUUCAAAGGUCCCUGACUACCCCAAGUUGCAAAUAUAUGGAGAAGACUUCUUUUUGCCACAAUCAAGCUGUUCAGAUACUGCUUCAUCACAGCUAUUCUCAUCCAAGACAAUUGAGAAGCUACAACAUCAUAUUCAAGUGGCAAAGAAGGGCAAUAUUUUCCAAGGCAGUCUUGUUCAGGUGGAACUCAAUGCUAUAAGAGAGAGUGAGAUUGAGGGUUACUACCUUGCAACCAAACACCACAGCACUAAAAAUACACAUCAGCAGGUUCAAGUAGGAGGUAUACUCACUGUCAGGGAUGUGAAUAGGAAGAUAGCACAAUGUAAAGAGGAGGAAGCAGAAAAAGAACAUUAUAAGAGAGUCAAACAUGUUGAGAUAGCUUUGAAGAAAAAUGUCACAGAUCCAACUCAACAAGAGGUUGAUGCCAACAAGUUGGUUGAGGAACUACGCAGCGAUCCGGAAAGGAGGAAAAGCGAGCGCAUCUGGACUGAGAGUGUCUCCGGAUCCAUGAUCCCGUAUCCCACGCGAUAUGCCAGCCGUGAGGAAAUACCCAGAUUCAAGAUACCGAAGGAAGGCGCGCCGGCGGAGGCAGUGCGUAGGAUGUUGAGGGAUCACUUGGAUCUGGAUGGGAUUCCAAAUUUAAACAUGGCUAGUUUUGUCGGCACGUAUAUGGAACGCGAAGCUGAAGAGCUUCUCUCGGAAAAUAUCAACAAGAAUUUGGCAGAUGCUGAUGAAUAUCCGGCACUGAUGGAGAUGCAUGCACACUGCGUUUCCAUGCUAGCAAACCUCUGGAAUGCUCAGCCUGGGGGUAAUGCAAUCGGUUCUGCAACGACUGGCUCUUCCGAAGCCAUUCACCUGGGCGGAUUGGCAAUGAAAAGACGUUGGCAAGAGAAACGAAGAGCUGCCGGAAAAGACAUCUCGAAACCCAACAUCAUCAUGGGCGCAAAUGCACAGGUUGCACUCCUUAAAUUUGCGAGAUACUUCGAAGUUGAGCCGCGAAUUCUCGACGUCUCUGAGAAAAGCCAAUAUAGGCUUGAUCCUGAACUGGUCAAAAGGAAUGUGGACGAAAAUACUAUCGGAGUCUUCGUUAUUUUAGGUAGUACAUAUACCGGUCAUUACGAACCCGUGGAGGAGAUUUCAAACAUACUUGAUGAAUACCAAGCGAAGACUGGUGAAGACGUGCCUAUCCAUGUCGAUGCAGCAAGUGGAGGGUUUAUUGCACCGUUCGCUUUCGCUCAGGUCGGAGGCUCCAAAUGGGACUUUUUGCUGCACCGGGUGAAAUCGAUCAACACAUCUGGCCAUAAAUUUGGCUUGGUCUAUGCUGGGCUUGGUUGGAUUAUUUGGCGGGAGAGAUCGUAUCUGCCAAAAGACCUCAUUUUUGAGCUUCAUUAUCUUGGCGGAACGGAAGAGACGUUUACCUUGAAUUUCUCCCGCCCCGGAAUGCAGGUGAUAGGACAGUAUUACAACUUCAUUCGCCUUGGCUUUAACGGGUACCGUGAAAUCAUGGAGAAUUGUCUGGCAAAUGCUAGGUUGCUGAGCAAGGCUCUUGAGAAAACAGGAUGGUUUGUGUGUGUUAGCGACAUUCAUCGAAAGAAGGGGAAUUUCAACCUUGGGCAGACGGCUGAGGAGCUUAAAGAAUUGUUGAAAACCGUGGAGGGUGAAACAUCGGCGGAUUAUAACGCCGGUCUGCCGGUAGUCGCGUUCAGACUCUCUGACGAGUUUCAAAAAAAAUACCCGGAUGUAAAGCAGGAGAGCAUCAGUUUGUUGCUUCGUGCGAAGCAGUAUAUCAUUCCAAAUUACCCACUCCCUCCAGCAGUGGACAAGACUGAAAUCCUGCGAGUAGUUGUCCGUGAAAGCAUGUCGGCAGAUCUCAUCGAUCGGCUUGUGGCGGACACCGUAGCUGUCACUGAAAAGCUCAUGGAAAAGCCAGUAGAUAUUGCCGCACUCCACACAGGAUCUACCUCAAUCGCCAGGCGACAUAUGGCUGCAAACCGGGAAGCGGGUGCAAAGGGAACGAGAAAGCACCACCCUAAUGGCAUCCACAGAAGCGUCUGUUAG